AUGGACUAUUACAAAGCUGCGAAAUCAAACGUCAUUGAAGAGAUAAAGAAUUUGAUACGGAAUGGUGAGAAAUUCAGUGUAACCCUCGAUGAAUACUUAUCAAUCAGAAACAAACGCUAUCUGAUUGUCAAUCUCCGUGCUUUGGAGAAACUCUAUUGUCUGGGCACAAUAACGAUUACUGGUUCUGUAUCAACUGAACGGGUCACUGAAAUUCUCGUUGAAAAAAUGGAAGAGUUCGAAAUUAAUUUGAAAACUGAUAUCAUUGCCGUUGUAUCAGAUGGAGACUCGGCUAUGGUAACGCUUGGUCAAAACAUCGAUGCGCUUCACCUGUUGUGUUUGGCGCAUGGAAUGCAUUUGGCUGUUUGCGAUGUUUUAUAUUAUAACCAGAAAAAACUCGACGAAUGUGAGAAUUCUGAUGACGACGAAGAGCCUACUGAAACUGAUGAGGAAUACGCAGAAUUCAAGAUGGAUUUAGUGAAAAAAGCCAAUCAUUUUCCUGUGAUGUACCAACGACACAUUAAGUUGAUGCCAACUUGGUACGAGACUGUAAGACGAGAUGGACAUCUUUGA